UCUUUUUCUUUCUUUCUUUCUUUAUCCAUCAUGAAGACCAUUUUUACAUUAUUGACUUGCUUAGUUAUCUUUGUCAUGCUUAUAAGAGCAGAUGAAAUUGAUAUCCUUCAACCCAACAGUUCAAGUAUUUUUCACCCAGGCGACAAGAUGACUAUAGAAUACAAUGUUAAAAACGUAGGAAUGACCAAGAUUUGGGGUACAUUUACUACUUUAACCCAUGAUAAUAAAACUAUCCAAGGAUUUCCUGCCCAUCAAAAUAUUGGCUAUAAUAGAAAUUACUCCAACACUUGGAUAAUUCCAAAAGAUGUACCCAAUGGUACUUUUACCCUGAUGGUCGGUGGAAAUAUCACCUAUCUCUGCUCUAAUGAUUCCAAACCACCUUACAAGCAUUGCCAAGAUGUCAUCUAUCAAAGUUCUACGUUUACCAUUUUAAAAAAUAACUGAAUGGGAAUGUAUUAAAUAAUACCCUUUAAACUCACCUUGGUCUCUUUUCUCUUUGUCCUUUCAAAAGCUUUUUUAAUGAAAGAAUCAUUUCCUUUCUUCUUUUUCUUCUUUUUGUUCUUUAUCAUGUCUCCUUCUUCUUCUGCAUCUGAGAUUGAACAGAAUGUAUCUAAAUUACUUCAAGCAACUAAAAAGCUACUUGAAUCAUUAACCGCUUGGUCAUUUGGAGAGUUAUCCGACAACCAAGUUCAUCAAGAUUAUCAAACACUAGAUACCCACUUUAGCCAUAUAUCACGAACCUUUGAACUUCUGUUAUUACCUAUGGA